AUGUCGCACUUUCUAAGAAGAUCCACACCCACUCAACACCAGCACCAACACUACUCGCUCUGUCUCCAAAGCCACUUACUUCACUCUCAAUCCCACCCAAUACUAGUCUCAGAUGCCCACCUUUACCGCCGGCUCACCCCCUCGCUACGCUCUGUCUGUCAGGGGCCAAGGUCUGGACGAGAAAAACGACGUCGUGGAGAGCAAAGGUGCCUUCCUAGUGGUAGCACUCUGCCCCUGCCUGGUUUGCUUCAUUUUUCUCCUCAUCGUAAUUUCCAUAAUUCUCAUUGUCAAAUUCCGUUUCUUUUGCCACACCCCACUUCACUCUUUGCUCUACAAGAAAAAUUGCUAACACCCACGCUUUCCCAUUUGGUGGUGGUGCCCAAUGUUCACUUACUAGGAAAUGUGGUUGGUAUGGAAUAUCCUCAUAGGAUUAGGGGAUUUUCUAGUGCCACCGCUGGUGGUUCGGAUUCUGAUGCUGAAAUUGAUGGUGAGGACGAGGCUAGGGGUGAAUGGGAAGGUAAUGAGGGUUUUCAUGCUAGUUCUAGUGGGGACCCGGAAGAAGUUGAUAGGGUAUGCAAGGUGAUCGAUGAAUUGUUUGCCUUAGAUCGGAAUAUGGAGGCAGUUCUUGAUGAAUGUGGCAUUCAUUUGUCGCAUGAUUUGGUUGUGGCCGUGUUGAUACGCUUCCAGCAUGCUAGAAAGCCCGCCUUUAGAUUUUUCUGUUGGGCGGGGCAGAAGCCAGGGUUUGCCCAUGAUUCGAGGGCUUAUAAUUCGAUGAUGAGCAUUUUAGGAAAGACUAGACAGUUUGAGACCAUGGUGUCCCUGCUUGAAGAAAUGGGAGCGAAAGAACUUUUGACAAUUGAAACAUUUGUGAUUGCUUUUAAGGCUUUUGCUGCUGCCAAAGAGAGGAAGAAAGCUGUUGGCAUUUUUGAGCUGAUGAAGUUGUACAAGUGCAAAGUUGAUGUCAAUACUAUUAAUUGCUUCCUUGAUACUCUUGGAAAGGCAAAGCUGGGAAAAGAAAUGCAAUUGCUUUUCGAGAAGUUGGAAGGGAGGUUUACACCAAAUUUACAAACUUACACACUACUGCUCAACGGGUGGUGCAGCUUGAAGAAUUUAAUGGAGGCAGGGAGGGUGUGGAAUGAGAUGAUUGACAAAGGAUUUAAGCCUGAUAUUGUUGCGUAUAAUACUAUGCUUGGAGGGUUGUUGAGGGGUCACAAGAGGUCUGAUGCUAUCAAGUUGUUUGAGGUCAUGAAAGCCAAGGGUCCGUCACCCAAUGUUAGAAGCUAUAGUAUUAUAAUUCAUGAUUUCUGCAAGCAAAAGAAGAUGAAAGAAGCAGUUGACUCUUUUUACGAAAUGCGUGGAUCUGGGUGCCAGCCAGAUGCUGUGGUUUACACAUGCCUAAUCACAGGGUUUGGAAAUCAAAAGAAUAUGGAAAUGGUUUAUGAAUUGUUGAAAGAGAUGAAGGAAAACGGUUGCACUCCUGAUGGGAAGACUUACAAUGCCUUGAUAAAAUUGAUGACAAGGCAGCAGAGAAUGCCAGAUGAUGCGGUGAGGAUAUACAAGAAGAUGAUUCAAAAUGGCGUUGAGCCAUCAAUACACACUUAUAACAUGAUCAUGAAGUCUUAUUUUCAGAUGAGAAAUUAUGAUAUGGGUUGUGCUGUAUGGGAUGAGAUGAUUCAGAAGGGGUGUUGCCCUGAUGAUAACUCAUACACUGUUCUCAUUGGAGGUCUCAUUAGUCAGGGAAGAUCAGGGGAGGCCUGUAAAUAUCUAGAGGAAAUGAUAGAGAGAGGAAUGAAACCUCCUCAGCUUGAUUUCAAGAAGUUUGCAGCCGACUUCUCCAGAGCUGGGAAACCUGACAUUUUUGAGGAGCUUGCUCAAAAGAUGAAGUUUGCUGGUAAAUUUGAAGUCUCCAAAGUCGUUGCAAGGUGGGCUGAGAUGGCGAAGAAAGGGGUAUAG